AUGGAUUCGAAAGAGCACAAAAAGGCCACUCUAUUUCAGAAAUUGGAACAGCUUCGUUCUGCUAGUAAUUCCACUGCUAUGAAUACAGCAUCAAUAGUUGUAGAUGCAACAAGAUACAUUGAGGAGCUGAAGGAAAGGGUUGGAAAACUGAAUCAAGAUGUUGCAACUUUACAAAAUUCAAAUGAAGAAAACUCCUUACCAGCGGUUAAAGUUGAAUCGCUGGAGAAGGGCUUCUUAAUUAAUGUGUUUUCAGAAAAGAACUGCCCCGGAUUGCUCGUCUCUAUACUCGAAGCAUUUGAGGAACUAGGCCUUGAAGUGCUUGAUGCUAGGGUUUCUUGUUCUGAUAAUUUUCGUCUAGAAGCUGUUAGCGAGAAUGAUGGACAGGCCGAUAGCAUAGAUGCCCAGGUUGUUAAACAAGCAGUAUUGCAGGCUAUAAGGAAUUGGAGUGUAAGCAAUGAGCAAGACUAA